CAAAAACCAAUACCCAAGAGCUUUUCAUUAGUGUUCUUUCUUGUAACCCAUGGAAAGAUUUCCGUUCUUGAAUAUUCUAAAGGAUGUUGUGGGUACCUUAAACGAAUCCCGCAAACUCUUUCUCAAGAACAAGAAGUUGAUGCUCUCGGUCUUGGUAUUCCCUCUCUUGCUCAACGGUCUAGUUUACUUGUUCACCGUCCUUGCCAUCAAACCCGAGAUAACAAACUUGAUUCAAGAAUCAAAUUUGUUACCUAUGAUGGAUCCAAGCAGCCCGGAAUACAUAGCCCAAGUUAUGAGAGUAUUCACAGAUUUUCGCCAAUUUGUCGUUUCGUCAUACUUCUUUUCCACCGUCUCCUUCAUCAUCAAGCUUUUAUCCGUUCUAGUCAUCGUCCAUGCUUCGGCUCUUACUCUUAAAGAAGAGAACGCCAAGUUCAACGAUCUUCCGGUUCUGACCAUUAAAUCCUGGAAGGGACCUCUUGUGACCUAUUUCUACAUUUGUCUCUUCACUCUUGGCUAUUGGUUUCUCUUCUUUAUAGUCCUUUUCCCUCUCCUUUUGUUAUUUACAAAUUUUGGUUCCUUGGCAGCCAAGUUUUGGGCUUUGUUUGUUUUCUUCACAUCGUUUGAGUCCUAUUUAGCUAUUGUUUGGUACCUAUCAAUGGUGAUAUCGAUACUCGAGGAAACUUAUGGAAUCCAAGCUUUAGGGAAAGCUGCAAAGAUUGUUAAAGGGAUGAAACCAAAACUAUUCCUCUUGAAUUUUUUCUUCGGUUUAUCGUGCUUCGGUUUAGCUCAGAUCGUGAGACUGGUCGAUUUAAGAUGGUCGUUUGUGCUUACCUUAACCACCGGCUUGGUCCUUGUGGGGUCAAUCUUUGCAGUGAGAAUGUUUCAACUUGUGACUUACACCGUAGCAUAUUUCCAAUGCAAGAGCCUCCACGGCCAAGAUGUUGAGUCGCUAAGGGAUGUUGAAUAUACGAAAUUACCGUCCAAUUCGCUUAUGGGAGCAUUGCCUUAACGUAUUUAAUAAGAGAUUGGCAUAUUAUGGUUACAAUCUCGUGAAUGGAUUGUUUGUUUGUAUUGAGAUUUGGUUUAUUGCUAUGAAUAAUCAAAGGUUUGGUUGACUACCUAGC